CAAACCCUAAAACCCAAUCGAUCAAAAAAUCAAAAUAUUCUGUCUUCCCUAACUCAACGCAACUUCGCACCCAAAAGAAAUCUGCAACUUUGAUCUACCAAAACGAUGUCGUACGACGACGUGGAGAUAGAGGACAUGCAGUGGAACGAGGAGUUGCGGGCGUACACAUAUCCAUGCCCAUGCGGCGAUCUUUUCCAGAUCACAAAAGAAGAGCUAAAGCUCGGCGAGGAAAUCGCUCGUUGCCCAAGCUGUUCUCUCUACAUCACCGUCAUCUACAACGCCGAGGAUUUCGCUGACAACAAAUCCAAGAACAACCUGGAGCCUCCAAAACGGCAAGCCAUAGCCGUUGCUUGAGACCUUUCAGAUGGCAAAUAGCAAACCAUACAAAAUGGUAUUAUAGCUGAUUGUCAUCGAACCAUGCGACAUGGUGGUUGCUUGACUUGUUGCACCAUACUCAAUGCGGAGGACGAUGCAGAGGAUGG